UGUGUGCAGAACAAUAAACUUCAUGAUGCUGUGCUGGUAAGAGGAAACUGUUAGUCCAGUCACAUUUCAGCAGCAGCAGUGGGUGUUUGCAGGUGGGGUCAGAAUGGAGUUUGAACCUAGUAGCUUUUUUGCUUGAACUUGCACUUUUUUUUUUUUUUUUUUUUUUUUUACCCAUGGCAAACUUGGAAAGAUAUAACAAAAUCCUUAAUGAAUUGAUGCAACUACCUGGGAAUAACGUGUGUGCAGACUGUGGAUCUCCUGAACCUGACUGGGCGUCCUACACCUUGGGCAUAUUUGUGUGUCUCAACUGUUCAGGGCUUCACCGUAACAUCCCGUCUGUGAGCAGAGUGAAAUCUGUGCGCCUGGAUUUCUGGGAUGACACACUUGUGGAGUCCAUGCGGAAAACGGGGAAUUUGAUCUCCAAAGCCUUGUAUGAAAAAUCCAUCCCUGUUUUUUAUUAUCGACCACAACAGAAAGACUGUGUUGUGCUAAAGGACCAGUGGGUACAAGCGAAAUACGAGAGAAGAGAGUUCACCGGCGAAUCCAACGGCGCUCAGAAACCGUAUAUGUUAGAUCCUUUUGAGAUUGUGCUGUGGAAGAAGGGCAAAAAGAACAAGCAGUUUCUAAAAAGGAGCUUUCUUCUGUCCCAAAAAGACUUCACCCUCAGAUACUUCGUGAAAGAAGAUUGUAAAGUUCCCAAACACGUCAUCAGCAUGAAGGAUCUUAACGCAGUUUUUCAACCGGAGAAGAUCGGACACGCUCAUGGGCUGCAGAUUUCUUUUCUACACGGGGACGAAAGAACCAGAAAUCUCUUUGUUUACCAUGAAAACGCUCAGCUAAUCGUGUCUUUUUUCAACGCCCUUCGGAAAACUCGCUUGGCCUAUCUCCAAAAGAAAAACCCCGCGCUUCAAAUUUGCGACUUAAUCCCGCAGCUCACACGGCCCAGUCUGAUGGAAGGAUACAUGGAGAAAACUGGGCCGACGCAGCGUGAGCCGUUUAAGAGGAGGUGGUUCACACUGUGCGCCAUGAAUCGAAAACUUCUGUAUUAUAAAACGCCUCUUGAUGCCACAGAGCUGGGGGCGGUCUUCAUUGGCACAGAGAACCACAGUUACUCUGUGGCAGAGAUCAGCGGGCACAGCUCGAGGAGCGGGCGCUGGCACUGUGGCCUCAGCCUGGAGACCCCCGGGAGGAAGUUUCUUUUUAUGUGUGAACAAGAACAAGACCAGCAGGACUGGAUCAGCGCCUUGAGGAAAGUCAUCUCUCUGCCCAUGAGCGCCGAGGACUACGCCAAUGAAGCCAACCUUAGACGAGCGAAAUGAACACUCCACCUCCUGUUUCGUUUGUUCAUGAGAGUAAACGUCCCAGAACAGCCUUAAUAAUAUGAAUGUAACGACACACCUGCUAUUAUAUAGCAGAGCCUAUUGUUUUGUAUAAAAAACAUUCACUUUUUUAUGUUUUUUAGA